CGCCGAGGCCUGGCUUUGCAAAAGUUCAGUGGCACCGGUGCAGCGCAACUGGUUUGACCACCUCCGGGAUAUUAUCGUGUAAAAUCGGGUUCGCGUCGUGCCAGUCCAGCAUGCCUCGGCGUCGGGUUAGCAGGGAUAAAGUGAGUGGAGCAGCGGAAACGGGGAGGCGGAUGUGAAGUCGUCCAGCCAAAUAAAUAAGAUAUGAACGCGUCUUUCCACCCAGCCUGGCAACAUCACGGAUAAACAGUCGUUCCUGACGGUGCAGCGUGAAAGAGAGAGGAAACCACGGCGAGAAUGGUUUGAAAACGGGAAUAACACGGAGCUGAAUUCAUCGUCGGUGCGAGAUUUUGUACAGACAGGAGGCUGGAGGAACAGCGAGAGGGAGCGGCGCUGCGCCCGGCUGAGGAGCGCCGGAUCCCGGGUUGGAAGCGGAUGAAGGGUCGGUGGGGCCCGGGCCGUGCGCGGAGCCGUCGUCCAUGAUCAGCGACUCGCUCCGGGGGUUUUGAUGCCCAGCGGGUGGAUUUGUAAACCAAGGAUAUCGUUUCCAUCUCCGUGACAAAACCUGAACGUUGUUUUUCUGGGAGCCACUCUACACAAAAUGUCCUUGGCUGGUGGAGCACCCUCAUCCCUGUCGGACUGAAUAGGUCAAUUUUGUCUUCACAAGGUGUCCAACCUCCUUCCGCCCCUCUCCUCCCUCUGGAUCGAAGGAUCGCCCUCUCAUCGUCCCCUCCUCCCCACGGACAGGAGAGCAGGAGGAUUAUUACAGGAUCACCCUCCAUCCCUCCUCCCCUCGGUGUCUCUCCCUCCUUCCGUCUCUCCCUCCCUCGCUCCUCCCUUCUUUCUUCACGCACCCGAGCGAGGCGACUAGAGCCCGUGUGUGAGAAUGCGCCGGUGUCGCGGGGUGACGGGUCCACGUUUUCUGUCCUUCAUCUGAACUUUAAAUGACUGAUCAGGGAGACGGAGACAGGCCGAGGCGAUAAAGGAGCGUCGGUUCAACUCCCAGUGCCUUGCUCAAGGCGAUGCCAGCAGGGCCGAGGAACCAACCAGCAAGCAAACCCAGCCAGCGCCUCUUCUUCCAUCAACCCUUCCGGCUUUUUGAAGGAGGUUUCUCCCGGGACGUCCCGCCACCCCUCCCUGUCCCUCGGUAGCUCCGCCCCUCCCCGGCCCCGCCCCUCUCGCCCGUCGUCCCGCUCGCUUCAUGUUGUAAACGUCACCGCUUGCUGAAGAGGACUCCCUCCUUCGUCCUUUCCUUGCUUCCUCCCCCCUCCCUUGUCUUUUUUUUUUUUCUCUCUCUCUCCCGCCACCCUCGCCUCCACCAUUCGCCCCUCUCUCGCAACGGCUGUCCUCCCCCCCCGCCCCCGCCCCCAGCCUUCCUCCCCCUCCCCCUCCGCCUCCUCCCCGCACCAUCAUCAUCACCACCACCACCAUCCCCAUCCCCAUCCCCAUCCUCACCCACACCAUCACCAUCACCACCACCAGCUCUCCUCUUCCCCUCCUCCUCUCUCAUCCCCUCCCUCCUCCGCGUCAGCGUCGGCGGCUACCAUGGCGACCGCCGCCACCGCCUCCUCCUCCUCCGCCUCCACCUCCUCCUCGCCUUCCUCCUCCUCGUCAGCCAAUGGCAGCGCCCGGGAGCACCUGCUGGCGGUGCGCCGGCGCAACCCGCACGCCCGGCCGUACACGCUGGGCCCCGAGAACCUCCGCAGCCUAUCAGUGCAGAGCGGAGGCGGGGCUUCCACCUCCGUAUCCUCCUCCUCCUCUUCUGCUGCGGCGUCGGCGGUCCCAUCGGAAGCACCGGGAGUGGGGCUCCAGCGGGCCAACAGCGACACGGACCUGGUGACGUCGGAGAGCCGCUCGUCGCUCACGGCGUCCACGGACCAGCUGACGCUCGGCCACGCCCACCUGGUCAUCUCCUGGGACAUCAAGGAGGAAGUGGACGCCACCGACUGGAUUGGCCUGUACCACAUCGAUGAGACGUGUGUGGCCAACGUGUGGGACUCCAAGAACCGAGGAGUGAACGGCACCCAGAGGGGACAGAUCGUCUGGAGGCUGGAGCCGGGACCCUACUUCAUGGAGCCGGAGACAAAGAUCUGCUUUAAGUACUACCAUGGUGUAAGUGGAGCGUUAAGAGCAACGACACCCUGCAUCACUGUCAAGAACCCCGGAGUACCAGUGGGCGGCGAGGGCCAAACAGAGGACCAAUCGGGGGCCGAGCACUGUCGCAAACUUGUCAGCUUCACCCUAUCAGACAUCCGGGCGGUGGGCCUGAAGAAGGGGAUGUUCUUCAACCCGGACCCCUACCUGAAGAUGUCCAUCCAGCCGGGGAAGAGGAGCGGCCUGCCCAAAUUCACACACCACGGCCAGGAGAGGCGCUCCUCCAUCAUAGCCAACACCACCAACCCUGUGUGGCACGGGGAGAAGUACACCUUCGUAGCUCUGAUGACCGACGUGUUGGAGAUUGAGGUGAAGGAUAAAUUCGCCAAGAGCCGGCCAAUCAUCAAGCGUUUUCUGGGUCAGCUGAUCAUCCCCGUGCAGCGGCUUCUGGAGGGGCCGACAGCCGAUGACCAGCCGGUCAGCUACAGCCUGUGUCGUCGUCUGCCGACAGACCACGUCAGCGGGCAGCUGCUGUUCAGAGUGGACAUCACCUCCACUGGACAUGAAGAAGCCUCUCCAGACGCCGUGGGCACCAUCUUGGGUAGCAAUGUGAACGGAGACCCUGGUAGUCCCUCUGACGAUGAAGACCUCCCUCACCCCUCUUCAUCCUCUCGCGUCACACGAGGACCCUCCCCCACUGGCUCCGACGAAGGCUCCCUGUUGGUCAAUGGUGCUUGUUACUAUGGCGAUGACAGCGUGUGGCGGGAGCCCGGGCAGACGGGAGACGAUGAUCUGGGUGCUGUGGCUUUGGGCGGCCACACCCACCGGCAGGUGUCGCUGAACGACUACCUGGACGCCAUCGAGGCCGCUAGAAGCCCCGGAGACCGGCUGCCGCCGGGGCCUUCGCCAAAACUCAGGUCCAGCUUCCCGACGGACACGCGGCUCAACGCCAUGCUGCACAUAGACUCUGAUGAGGAUGAGGAGACGGCAGGGCAGCACAGGGACCAAGCGCAGGAGGCAAAGCCACAGCAGACCGCAGCAGAGCUGGCAAACAGCACGCAGGCGGCCGCGGGGAGCUCAGCUGCUUCUGCGUCCGGACAAGGAAGUGACGGAUCAAAAGGAGGCCCAGAGCAGGAGCCUGAAGCUGCAAACAGGACAGGAGCUGCAGCAGAGGCGGGAGCAGCAGCCAGUGCUGGGCCUGGAGCAGGGACCGCAGCUGCUGCUGGGACAGGGGCUGAGCCUGGAGCUGGGCCUGCAGACGGGGCGGUCGGUGGGACAGGGGCUGGUGCCGGAGUCGGUACGGAGGCUGGAGCAUCAUCAGCCGUGGCUGAGACCGCAGCUGGAGCUGGGGAUGCAGCCGGGGCAUCGGCCGAGGCGUUGUGUGUCUCUGGAGCUGCAGCCGAGGCAGAAACGAUCCCUGCCUCCUGCUCCGCCCAGGCAGCAGGGGCUGAGGCAGACGGAGGGGCUGAGGCGUCUGCAGGGGCUUCUUCCGCGGAGCAGGGGACGCCACUGGAGACUGAGGGGGGGUGUACCUGCCAGGACCAGAGCAAUACGCCCGCUCCAAACCAGGAAGUACCCAGCAGCUUCUCGCUUUGUGGUGCUCUGCUGUCCCCCAUUCAGGAAGUGGAGAUGAAACAUGAAGUGGCCCCUAAGGCUGAGGAGGAAGGGGUGGAGUCAUCGAGCAGCGAAGCAAACGGACCAAUAGCGGCAGCCGCUCCCACCACGAGCAGCGUGGCUGACGAGGGGGGCGGGGCUACCGGGGGCAGUGUCGCUGAAGCUGGUGCCACCGCCCAGGUCAACGGUCACCAGUCUGUUCGCUCCCUGCCGUCCGUCCGCCAUGACAUCAGUCGCUACCAGAGAGUGGACGAGCCGCUCCCACCCAACUGGGAGGCUCGUAUUGACAGCCACGGCCGGAUCUUCUAUGUGGAUCACGUGAACAGAACCACAACCUGGCAGCGGCCCACCGCCCCCCCGGCACCACAGACCCUGCAGAGGUCCAACUCCAUACAGCAGAUGGAGCAGCUCAACCGCAGGUAUCAGAGUAUCCGUCGGACAAUAACCAAUGACAGCAGACCAGAGGAACAGCCAGCCAAUGAGCUGCCGGCGGAUGAGACUGACAUGCACCCUUCUAUUCCAGAGCUGCGUAGGGACGGCAGCGUGGCUCAGUCCAGUUCCAGGUCUCGUCUCACUCUGCUGCUUCAGUCUCCCAGCGCCAAGUUCCUCACCAGCCCCGACUUCUUCACUGUGCUGCAUUCCAACCCUAGUGCCUACCGCAUGUUCACCACCAACACGUGUCUGAAGCAUAUGAUCAGCAAGGUUCGCCGGGACGCCCAUCACUUUGAGCGCUACCAGCACAACCGAGACCUGGUGGCCUUCCUCAACAUGUUCUCCAACAAACAGCUGGAGCUGCCCAGGGGCUGGGAGAUGAAGCACGACCACACCGGCAAGCCUUUCUUUGUGGACCAUAACUGCCGUGCCACCACCUUCAUCGACCCCCGGCUGCCUCUGCAGAGCUCCCGGCCCGCCAGCCUCCUCGCACACCGCCACCACCUGACCCGACAACGCAGCCACAGCGCUGGGGAGGUCAGCCCGCGGCGACUGGUGGGUGAGGACCCUCGUCAUGCUGGCCCACCCGUCCUGCCGCGGCCCUCCAGCACCUUCAGUUCAGUCAGGGGGCAGUGCCAAGACCUUGUGCCAGUGGCAUACAAUGAAAAGAUUGUGGCGUUUCUUCGUCAACCAAAUAUAUUUGAGAUCCUGCAGGAGAGACAGCCCGACUUCAGCCGGAACCACUCACUCAGGGAGAAGGUGCAGUUGAUCCGCACAGAUGGAGCGUCAGGAUUGGCCAGGCUGUCAGGAGACGCCGAUCUUGUCAUGCUGCUUAGUCUGUUUGAAGAUGAGGUGAUGUCCUACGUGCCUCCUCAUGCCUUACUGCACCCCAGCUACUGUCAGUCACCUCGGGGAUCCCCUGUCUCCUCUCCACAGAACUCACCAGGUACUCAGAGAGCUAAUGCAAGAGCUCCAGCUCCAUACAAGAGAGACUUUGAGGCCAAACUACGCAACUUCUACAGGAAGCUUGAAACCAAAGGCUACGGCCAGGGACCAGGGAAGCUAAAGUUGAUUAUUCGUCGCGACCACCUGCUAGAAGAUGCCUUCAACCAGAUCAUGUGCUACUCCAGGAAGGACCUGCAGCGCAGCAAGCUCUAUGUCAGCUUUGUGGGGGAGGAGGGGUUGGACUACAGCGGGCCUUCCAGAGAGUUCUUUUUCUUGGUCUCCAGAGAGCUUUUCAACCCUUACUAUGGUCUGUUUGAAUACUCUGCCAACGACACCUACACCGUUCAAAUCAGCCCCAUGUCUGCCUUUGUGGACAACCACCACGAAUGGUUCCGUUUCAGCGGUCGUAUUCUGGGUUUGGCUCUGAUUCAUCAGUACCUGCUGGACGCCUUCUUUACCAGACCCUUCUACAAAGGCCUACUGCGCAUUCCAUGUGACCUGAGUGACCUGGAGUACCUAGACGAGGAGUUUCACCAGUCCCUUCAGUGGAUGAAGGACAACGACAUAGAAGACAUGCUGGACCUCACCUUCACUGUCAAUGAAGAAGUCUUCGGACAGAUUACAGAGAGAGAGCUGAAGCCGGGUGGAGCCAACAUCCCCGUCUCAGAGAAAAAUAAGAAAGAAUACAUUGAACGGAUGGUGAAGUGGAGGAUAGAGAGAGGAGUGGUGCAGCAGACUGAGAGCCUGGUCAGAGGCUUCUACGAGGUGGUGGAUGCCAGGUUGGUGUCGGUGUUUGAUGCCAGGGAGCUGGAGCUGGUGAUCGCUGGCACAGCCGAGAUCGACUUGUCAGACUGGAGGAACAACACCGAGUACAGAGGAGGUUACCAUGACAACCACAUUGUGAUCCGGUGGUUCUGGGCGGCGGUGGAGAGGUUCAACAACGAGCAGAGAUUACGGCUGCUGCAGUUUGUAACCGGGACGUCCAGCAUCCCCUACGAGGGUUUUGCUGCUCUUCGAGGCAGCAACGGGCCCCGCAGGUUCUGUGUGGAGAAAUGGGGGAAAGUCACUUCCCUGCCCAGAGCUCAUACUUGUUUCAACCGGCUGGACCUGCCACCGUACCCCUCCUUCUCCAUGCUGUAUGAGAAGAUGCUGACUGCUGUGGAGGAGACCAGCACCUUUGGGCUGGAAUAAGCAGCUACACCCACCUCACCUCACCUCACCUCACCUCAGCUAUCGCUAAAGGACCCCAUGAUUUUGGUGCAGAACGGAUGAUUAAAGCUGGAGGAAUGCUCAAAAAACUGGAUUAAAGAGCUCAGUUCUUAUUUAUAAAGCGUUCACAGGUAUAUUUUGUAACAGAGGCCCGUAAUUCACAGCAAACUGACCUCAAAGUGAUGUUUUGACCUUUGAACCAGGAUAGGACCUCAAACCCGUGUUGGAAAUGUGUGUUCCCCUGCACCUGCACAUGCUUUCUAACCUUCAGUCACACACACACACACACACACACUUUCACCCGUGCAACACGACAAAUGAAGAAGAAGACCCUCACUGCCCUUCAAAUCCUAACCUGCCCCAGUGACAACAUGCAGACAGAGCUCUUCGGUCACUCUUCAGAAACCAGGACGAGAAUCAUCAAUCAUCAAGGUGUGACCAGUGGGAGAGCAGGCUGUUUCUGUCUUUCUCUUUAAUACCCAGGAGGUUCAAUGGCUCUUUUACCCAUGAACACCUCUGGGGGUUUAAGUCUAGAGCAAACAACCACUGCCUUCACCGUCAAUCUUAAACGUGUUCAGCUCUUACGUGCUGACUGAAGUCGCAUGAGCUGGUUGGACUGGCAGCUUCUUUUUGUAUUUUUUCCCCCCUUCAUUUUAGAGAUGCGUGUUUUGCGCUAAAAGCCGCUUUUCUAUCUUAGAAACAGUAACGGCGGAUGUUUAGCUCCUGUUGUAGGAGAAAUGAGCAUAGCGACCUACUGCGGAGUCAGCAAGCCUCUCAUCGCCAAUUUAAGCUUUCAUUUUAGAGGACUUUGUAGAGUCAAAAGGCUGAGACUUUUCUAAGAAACCUGGAGCUUCUUUCUCUGAGGACUGUCAGCAGACUCAUUGAGGUGUGGCUCCUCCUUGUGGCCUGUCACAGCAACUGCACUCAAUUGGACAGUGCACUUCUCUCAAAAAGCCUUUUGAGAACCACCUGAGUUAAGUUUUCCAGGUUGCGGGACAUUGUGGCGAAUCUUGCCUACAGCUGAUUUUGAAGUUGGGACAAAAGCUUUGCUAUUGUUGUUACAGUAUUUUCAUCAACAAAAAGAAGUGAUUUUCUAAUAAUGUGGCAGUGAGAUGUUGUGAUUCGAAUGUAACUAAUUUUAUGAUGUGGAUCAUGGGUUGAGUGAUUUUUAUACCAGAUCUGGGUCAAUUGGCAAAUUAAUCCUUUAUAUUUUGAAAUUUAACAAUUGGUUACUUAGAUUUCACAGUCAGUUAAUUUUAAUUUAGUUGCAACUGGUUUGAUUGGGCCAGAUUCAGUAUGCUCAACUAUAUUCAAUUAGAUGUUUUUGAGAGAGUCCAAAACAGGAUUUUGACCCAGGUCUGUUUUCUACGCUUUGUUGAAAAUAAUCAGCUUUCUAAAGUGGAAGUAAAAUGAAUGUCCACACACCCAGAUGCAAAAUCCAAAUUUCAUAAGCCUCAACCACAGCUUGUGCUUUGAUACAGGUCACUCGAUAUGAGCUGCCAUUUUGAAAGUCGUUUCACGUUCAUUUUGCCAGGACAGGGAAUUAAUUCUUGAUGUUUUCUUAAUAUAUUGGAUAUGAAAACAUUUUACAUUUCAAUGUUUGAAUUAAAAUUAAUCGACCUCAAGGCAUUCAAUAACACAAACUGACAUUAAUUCUCUAUGAAUUUUAGCGGUGGUCAUUUGUUAUACAUUGAUAUAAUCCCUUUUUUCCAAGUAAUGACAUUGGCUUAUAUUCACUUUACACACUAUAACUGAGUUUUUCAAAAGACAGCUUCAAAUGUAUUAUUUUUUCUUUUUCUGACACUUGUGAUAUUAGCAACUUUGUAAUCACUGGUGUAUUUGUCCCAAUCACUGCUGUGUAUUUGUAAAGCUGCCACCCAGUUUGAUUACACAUACUGUAUGUAACCUAUUUCUUUUUUUCUUUUGACAUGAAGUGUUAGAAUCAAACUCCAACACAGUUAAAUAGCUCUUAUAGAUUUGCACUCUGUAAUCAUUUCAAUAUUGAAUUAGUUGUAUCAACUGAAUAUUUGUCUUUAUGUUAAUGUAACUUAAUUUAAUCAGGUUGUCCAGGUGACAGAAACCAAGGGGGCAGCCGUAUUGGAAGCAGGCACACACACAAUACACACAUCAACAGUAAAUACGAUAAUGUCCUCAUCAGGGCAGAAGCAUGAAGGUUUUGUAUAAAAUCUGUUUUGAUGAAGCUUGCAGUCUUUUUUUUUUUUUUUUUUUUUUUUUGCACAUCGAGACACUUAUUACCCUCCUCUUCACUCACAUUCCCCUGCACUAUGAAUGUAACCUCGCCUUGAUCUGAGCACACUGCCACCCUGAACUACAACUAUCACCCUAGAGGACUUCAGCUCCCAAGUAUCACUUAGUUUCCCUGCUAACACAAACCCUGUCAUGCUCUUAAAACCUCAUUUUAUACACACAGCAUGACCCAGGCCAAAAUUGUCACUGAUAUAAGCUUGCAGGUUUUGUUGUAUUAAAGUCACAAGGAAAUUUCAGUUUGUUACCUAAUUUUCUUUGUCAAAAUAUUCAUCUAUUUAACAAUAAAAGCCAAAGAAAUUUUGACUUUGAGGGUGUUUUUUUUUUUUUUUGGUAUUUUUCAAAAUCCCAUUACCUCUAAAACAUCACAUUUUGAGUGGAGCCCCGACCCAACAACCUGUUUCAACAUGCAAUAAAUCCAAUUAAGAGACCAAAAGGCCUGUAAAAAUGCUUUUUCAUUGUGACUUUAAUAGAGCAAACACAAUAAUAAUAAUAAAAACAACUAUAAAUUCAUGCUGAUCCUGCUGUUUAAAAUUAUUUGGAAUAGGUCAAAGGCCAAUCUUGAAACUGAUUUUGAUGAACUACUGUGUUCCCUGUUUACACAUUGACAAAAUGUAGCCUAACACAGGAUUGUAGCUGACAUUAUUUCUGGCACUGUUAAGAGGUUUGCCAGAGCAGAAACAAAACUAAUCCUUUGAAUCCAGUAAAAUUUAAACCAAUAAAUAAGUAAAUAAUAAACGUACUCCCAAUCCAAGGUUUACCGAUUCUUUUGUAGCCCUCUUAGAGUCUAACCUGAAUGUACCAAAGGUUUGGGCCUGACGCAAGUUUGUCUUUCUGAUUUUACUGCCACAUGAAGACGUCAAGACUUGCUGCCUCUCACUUAACAACCACUCACUAUUUCUGUACAGUCCAACUCACUUUUAAAUUUGAGUGUUUAUCAGCACGUCUCUCCUGUAACAGAACGACAUCACCAGUGUCUGCCUGCCUGUUUUGUGUCCACAUCAGAGGCAAACCAAGAUCGAAUAGCAUGUGAAAUUCUUUCUUUUUUUAACAAAGACAGACUGCUAAAGCCACUGGUUCCUGCUGUAUGGACCAGGUAAGAUCCAUCGAGCACUGAGUGUUACCGGAAAGCAUUUCACAUGGUAUUCAGAUCCGAGGCUGGCGAGAGCUCCACUCUCUAUGCAAAACUUUUCCUUUUUCUUCAUGUCACUCUGAUUGUAAUGAAAUGAACAGGA